ACCAAAAAAAAAAAUCUCCAACACCGCAGCCGGCAAUUUUAAUCCAAGUUGCAGCCGGCACCAGUUCAAAAUAUCCUGUCUUUUACUCUAAUUGUUAGCUGGGGUGUUUGUUCUAGGAAUCCAAAAGAAAAUGGCUCAAUCAGGUUAUGAUGUUAAUAGCUUAUUUCGAGAAGCUCAAUCCCGGUGGUUGAAGCCGGCAGAAGUUCUGUUUAUCCUACAAAAUCAUGAAAAAUAUGAACUCACGGAUGCGCCGCCUCAAAAGCCAACAAGUGGCUCUUUGUAUCUUUUCAACAAGAGGGUUCUUCGUUUCUUUCGUAAAGAUGGUCACAGUUGGCGUAAAAAGAAGGAUGGAAAAGCUGUCGGUGAAGCCCAUGAAAGGCUUAAGGUUGGAAAUGCAGAAACUCUCAAUUGUUACUAUGCCCAUGGCGAGCAGAACCCCACUUUUCAGAGACGUAGCUAUUGGAUGCUGGACCCGGCAUAUGAGCAUAUUGUUCUUGUUCAUUAUAGAGAGACAAAUGAGGCCAAAUCUACUCCGGCAUCCAUCGUGCAGUCACCAGUAUCCUCCUCAAUCUUAAGUACAAGUCCCAACUCUUAUACUUCUCAAAAUCCUGGAUCCAACACUCUAGCCCAUGAUCUAGACGAAACAUAUCAGAACUUGUCUAGUCCCGGGUCUGUUGAAGUUAGCUCUGAUAUAGUUACUAGAGAAGCUUUAAAGAGGCUUGAGGAGCAGUUAAGUUUGACUGAGGACAGCUUCGAAGAGGUGAGUCCUUUCUGCAGCCUCAAUGGGGAUAGAGAUGAGUCAAAAUUUCUGGAAUAUGAAAGGGAGAUUGCCAAGCCUGAUCAACAAGCAGAUCUAUUGUAUGAGCCUCGUGAUGUUGCUCAAGGUUGCCUUCAUUCUCAACCUGCUAGGGUCGAAAAUUAUUCAAAUAGUUUCUCGCUGCUUUCCGAUGGAGGUAAUUAUGGUGAACAUUGUCAAGCAUAUAGCAAAGACAAUUCAGAUGGAAGUAAGGAAUCUCUAUAUUGGAACAGUGUAUUAGACUCAUACACGAAUCAAUCAGGUGUUUACUCCCAGGGAAAGCCUUUAUCUUCUUCAAGGAAAGAACAAGCCGAGCAUCGGGAACAGUCUGGUUGGCUGAAUUUCAACGCAUCUAACUUCAACGACUCUUCUGUAUUUCAGCAUCAAGAAGUUAAAAAUGUUGAAAUCCCUCCAGGUCUUGCUGCAGUACAAGAUUUUGGAACUGUUUCCGAUUUUGAUAAGAUAUUAAACCAAGACAAAAUUGGAAUUCCUCUUGUAACAGGUCCAAGCUUAACUGUUCGACAGAAGCAGAAGUUCACAAUUCAAGAAAUUUCUCCGGAGUGGGGUUAUACCAGUGAGGUUACGAAGGUUAUCAUUGUUGGAUCUUUUCUCUGUGAUCCAUCUGAAUCCACCUGGGCAUGUAUGUUUGGUGAGACUGAAGUUCCUCUUGAGAUCAUUCAGGAUGGUGUUAUCUGUUGCAAAGCUCCUCCUCAUCUUCCUGGGAAGGUCACACUCUGCAUCACUAGCAGCAACAGAGAAUCAUGCAGUGAAAUCAGAGAGUUCGAGUAUAGAGUUAAUACUAGUAGAUGCUCUCAGUGUAAUUUACCAAACACAGAAGCUUCUAAAAGUCCAGAAGAGCUAUUGUUACUUGUCAGAUUCGUACAGGUGCUUCUAUCGGAUUCCUCUUUGCAGAAAGACAGCAUCGAGUCAGGAAUAAAUCUUCCAAGAAAGUUCAAAGCUGAUGAUGAUUCAUGGAAUAAUGCCAUAGAGGCUCUUCUAAUUGGGAGUGGGACUUCCUCUGGUACUGUUGAUUGGCUUCUGCAAGAGCUUUUAAAGGACAAGUUGCAGCAAUGGUUAGGCUCUAGAUCCAAUGAAACACUUGAUCCGUCAGGCUGCACCAAGUCAAAGCAGGAGCAAGGAAUAAUACACAUGGCUGCUGGAUUGGGCUUUGAGUGGGCCUUAAAUGCAAUUUUAAACUCUGGAAUCAGUAUAAAUUUCCGAGACAUCAAUGGGUGGACUGCGCUCCAUUGGGCUGCUCGAUUUGGAAGAGAAAAAAUGGUUGCUGCUCUUAUAGCCUCCGGUGCUUCGUCUGGGGCUGUGACAGAUCCUACCUCACAAGACCUGACUGGCCAAACUGCGGCCUCAAUUGCUGCCUCCUGGGGACAUAAAGGACUUGCAGGUUAUCUUUCAGAGGUAGCUCUGACUAGUCAUCUUUCAUCCCUUACACUUGAAGAAAGUGAGCUUUCCAAAGGAACAGCUGCACUUCAGGCUGAAAUGGCUGUGAAUAGCAUCUCAAAGGGGAGCUUUGCCAACAGUGAGGAUCAGCUUUCACUUAAAGAUACCUUGGCUGCUGUCCGAAAUGCAGCUCAGGCCGCUGCACGUAUACAAAAUGCUUUCCGAGCACAUUCUUUCAGGAAACGACAAGAGAAAGAAGUUGCUGCUGCUAGUUUAAAUGACUACGGUAUCUGUUCAGAUGAAAUUGAAGGUCUUCCAAUUGUGCCAAAGCUAGCUUUUCGAAAUUCCCGUGAUUACAAUUCAGCGGCUUUAUCUAUUCAGAAGAAAUUUCGAGGUUGGAAAGGUCGCAAAGAUUUUCUAGCGCUUCGCCGUAAAGUUGUAAAAAUACAGGCUCAUGUGAGAGGUUAUCAAGUCAGGAAGAAUUACAGAGUAAUCUGUUGGGCUGUUGGUGUUCUAGAUAAGGUAGUACUGCGCUGGCGACGUAAAGGUGUUGGCUUGCGAGGUUUUCGAGGUGAACCAGAUCCCAUUGGUGAAAGUGAAGAUGAGGACAUCCUCAAAGUGUUCCGCAAGCAGAAAGUGGAUGGAGCUGUUGAUGAGGCUGUUUCACGCGUGUUGUCUAUGGUUGAUUCCCCGGAUGCACGUCAACAAUAUCGCCGGAUGCUUGAAAGAUAUCGUGAAGCUAAGGCUAAACUGUCCAACACAAGUGAACAAGUAGAAUCAACAUCUAUAGGUGAUAUUUAUGAUAUGGAAAGUGACGAUUUCUUCCAGUUCCAGUAGCACUUUGUGACAUCACCUUAACUAACCUUCCACCUAAACCUGAUUUGAUAGUUUUCUAGAAUUGUUGUAUAAUAGUCUGCAUUUCACCUUAGUAAUGGUGCUGUAUAUGCUUCUUGUAAUGAGUAAAUACUAUACUUUUAUCCAUUUAA